UAUUAUUAUAUUUUCAUCUUAGUCAUCCGCGUAGUAUCGUAUACAGAAAUAAGUAAUAACAGUAAUAACACCGUCAAUAAGUGAAAAUUAUCGCUGCAUAAGCUUAAUAAAUUAAAUAAGUGUUUAUUGUGUAAAUAUUAUAAUAUCACAAAUUCAGUCGUUCUGCGUUCAUUCUAUCGUUUUUUGUCCGUCAGCCAGGUACGUCCUUGAGGCCGCCUACUAACCGUGUCGUAACACUGACGUGGUAGGAAAUAAGUCAUUCUACGACUCCGAUCGCUUUAAAUCGGAUUCCCAUCCUAUCCCAUCUCUUGCAAUCCCGUAUUCUCACGAUGAGUCUCCAAUGGACGAUUAUCGCGACAUUUUUGUACUUCGAAGUGGGCGUGCUGAUGCUGUUCCUGGUGCCGUACAUGUCAGCCCAGCGCUGGAACCGUCUUUUCAGGUCCCGGUUUUAUCAGGCGCUCAGCGCCCAGGCCCAAUGGUACUUCACUUUCUUGUUGUUCGUUUUGGUCCUGUUCCUGUUGGACUCUAUACGUGAGAUGCGCAAGUAUUCCAAUCCGGAGCUAAGUGAUGCACACCAACACUUGGACCACGAAAUGCAGGCCAACAUGCGACUGUUUCGCGCUCAGCGCAACUUUUACAUCAGUGGCAUUGCCUUGUUCCUCAGUUUUGUCAUCAAACGUUUCAUAGCUUUGGUCACCCUACAAGCGUCGUUGGUAGCCCAAAGCGAGGCGUCAUUGAAACAAGCCCAAAGCGCUAGCGCUGCCGCCAAGUCUUUGUUGUCACGGGACGAGAAGGGAGACGGUGAGUCUGAAGUAUUGACUGAACUUAAAAAAGAAUUGGAGUCAGUCAAGGCUGAUCGUGAUGCGAUUAAAAGUCAAGCAGAAUCUGUUUCCAAAGAAUAUGACAGGCUCAUGGCAGAACAUGAAAAACUUCAGAAGACUGUUGGCAAAGAAUCAAAGAAGGAUGAUUAAUCUAAUUUAUUAAACUAUUAGGCAUAAGUCUUAAGUACUUUAAAAAUUAUGCAUUUCUAAAUUUAAACUUCAAACUAUUUGUUUGGCUCUUCAUUUUUUUUUCAUUUGUUGGGGUGUGUAUUUUAUUUUUUUUAUUAUUUUUUUUUUUUGACCUAGUAACUAACUACUAGAAUUGUAAAUCUCAUAAUUAAUCAUUUUUUGGUAUUGUAAUACAUGUAAAAAUAGUUAGGAGCUUAAUAAAUAAAUUAUUUUGUUGUAUUUAUACUAUUAAAACAUUUAUUUUAUGAA